AUGACAUCCAAUUCACCUCAGCAAGAUCCAUCAGAUCCAGAAUUACUUGAAGCAAAGACAUUGAAAAGGAAAAACUUUAAACAGCUAUCACUCAACUCACCUGUGUCAUCGCAGUCAUCAAACACUUAUGAACCCCGCAUGGAGGAUGAUCCAAUAGAUAGAAUAAGAGCACCAAGAUCGUUGCGACUGACUCGACAACGACCGGCUCCAAUUUUGAACUUGCCCAACCACCCUUCCUUAGAAACCAAUGCGCCAGCAGAGAUUGAUAAUAAAAUAACCGCACAAUCGGGAUGUUUAGGACUUAGAACAACGCCUGCCAGUGGGGAGAUUGUCAGUCAAGUGGUGAAUCGGCCUAGCUUAAACCAACCAACAUUAUCAACAUCAAGAUCAAGACCAAUGGGCACUUCGACAAUACCAGCAUCUUCAACAACAUCAACAAUUCUUAAUAUCAACCGCAGUAAUCGAGGUGUUGACCCUGAGCAGCACUCUUCAACCGAUGAAAUGAUAAACCAGAUAUCAAAUUUAGACUUACAGAGCCGGCAAAAUCCGCUGGGCAAUGCACCUACGGCUCUGGGGCGGAAACGACAAACAAUCAUAUCAUCCAUCUCUCCAACAAAAUCAAGUACUACUUCGCCACUGGAAUAUAAACCGCAAGUGGUUGAAACAAUUAUUGAAAACCAAUCGUCACCUAUUGCUACAACCACGGGUCUCGAUUUACGUAAUCAGGACUUGCUUACUUUGAAGCAAUUGGGGCUGGGCAACUCCGGCUCCGUUUCCAAAGUACUUCACAUCCCAUCUCAAAAGACAAUGGCAAAGAAAAUCAUCCACGUUGACUCAAAAUCCGUUAUCCAAACACAAAUCAUUAGAGAGUUGCGUAUCUUGCAUGAAUGUUCAUCUCCGUACAUCAUAGAGUUUUACGGCGCAUUCCUCAAUAAUAACAAUACCAUUGUUAUCUGUAUGGAGUACUGCAACUGUGGAUCACUAGACAAGAUUGUACAACUUUGCGACUACAAGCAGUUUCCGCUUUUUGUGCUCAAAAAACUCUCUUAUGCCAUACUAUCCGGAUUAUCGUAUUUGUACACCAAGCACAAGAUCAUCCAUCGCGAUAUCAAGCCAAACAAUGUGUUGAUGACGCACAAAGGUGAGUUUAAACUUUGCGACUUUGGUGUUUCAAGAGAAUUGACAAACUCGUUGGCUAUGGCAGAUACAUUUGUAGGUACAUCGAUGUAUAUGUCGCCCGAGCGUAUUCAAGGUUUGAAUUAUGGUGUAAAAUCUGAUGUAUGGUCCAUGGGGUUGAUGUUGAUUGAAUUGGCCAGCGGUAGUCCUGUAUGGCAAGAUGAUGAUGAUGAUGAUGAUGAUGAGGAAGAAGAAGAAGAUUUUACAAACAACCACAAAAACAACAGUGAAGAAAAGUAUGGUAAAGAAAAGGAGGGUGGGUUUGCCAAAUGUCAAGAUAGUUUGCGCCAAAAGACUGCAAAAAAUACUUUUAAGGGCCCAGAAGGUAUAUUGGACCUUUUACAAAGGAUUGUAAAUGAACCAGCUCCUUCAUUGCGAAAUAAGAUCAACUCAGUGACAAAAGUACCUUAUGAUGUACAGUUGACAAAGUUUAUUGAUUUGUGUUUGAUCAAGAAUGACGGAGAUCGGAGGUCACCAUGGCAAUUACUUGAGAAUCUGGGUGGGUUCCUUAAUGGUGUAGCAGAAGGUAAGUACGAUUCCGAACACAAGAUGUGGGCUAAGCGAAUAAGAAAACUUAGCAAAGAAAAGCAUGGAGCAGAUUAA